AGAAGAAAAAAACGAAAAAGAAAAAGAAAAAAAAAAACCCGAUCGGAUCAAGUCGAUUCUUCCUCCUCGCGAAUUCCCCAUCUCCGCCUCCCUCUCCAAACCCUAAUCCCCCCGCCAUGGCCGCCGCCACGGCCUCCUCGCCGGCGACCGCCGCCGCCGCCAACUCCGAUGACGAAGACAACUACGAGGAGUACAUCCCCGUCGCCAAGCGCCGGGCCAUGGAGGCCGACCGCCUCCGCCGCCUCCGCCUCUCCAAGCCCGCGCCCCCAUCCUCCUCCGCCGCGGAGGCCGCCUCGGAUCUCCCGCCUCCCCCUCCCCCACCGCCGAACCAGCCCUCAGCCGGCGGUGGCGGUGGCGGCCUCGAAGCCUCCGCGAAGCCCAGCCUCCUCGUCAAGGCGACGCAGCUCAAGCGGGCCGCGCCGGAGGUGACCCACACGGAGCAGCUCAUCAUGCAGGAGAAGGAGAUGAUCGAGCACCUCUCCGACCGCAAGACGCUCAUGUCGGUGCGCGAGCUCGCCAAGGGGAUCACCUACUCCGACCCGCUCAAGACGGGGUGGAAGCCGCCGCUCCGCCUCCGCCGCAUGCCGCGCGCCAAGGCCGACGAGCUCCGCCGCAAGUGGCACAUCCUCGUGGACGGGGACGACGUGCCGCCGCCCGCUCGGGACUUCCGCGACCUCCGCCUGCCCGAGCCCAUGCUGCGCAAGCUCCGCGAGAAGGGCAUCGUCCAGCCCACUCCCAUCCAGGUGCAGGGAUUGCCCGUGGUGCUCUCCGGGCGCGACAUGAUUGGCAUUGCCUUCACAGGGUCCGGGAAGACGUUGGUGUUUGUGCUGCCGCUCAUCAUGGUGGCAUUACAGGAGGAGAUGAUGAUGCCAAUCGUGCCGGGUGAAGGGCCAUUUGGGAUGAUCAUCUGUCCAUCGCGAGAGCUGGCCAAGCAAACGUACGAUGUCAUUGAGCAGUUCCUUGUUCCACUUAAGGAGGCUGGGUACCCGGAGAUACGCCCGUUGCUUUGCAUUGGGGGUGUCGAUAUGAGGGCGCAGCUGGAUGUGGUCAAGAAGGGAGUACAUAUUGUGGUGGCUACACCUGGCCGACUCAAGGAUUUACUUGCCAAGAAAAAGAUGAACCUCGACAAUUGCAGGUACUUGACCUUGGAUGAAGCUGAUAGGCUUGUCGAUCUUGGGUUUGAGGAUGAUAUCCGUGAGGUUUUUGACCAUUUCAAGGCACAAAGGCAGACACUUCUAUUUUCUGCCACUAUGCCGAAGAAGAUUCAAAACUUUGCGAAGAGUGCCCUUGUGAAACCUGUUAUUGUGAAUGUUGGUAGAGCUGGUGCGGCAAAUCUGGAUGUCAUCCAAGAAGUUGAGUAUGUCAAGGAGGAUGCCAGAAUUAUAUAUCUCCUGGAAUGCCUCCAGAAGACUCCACCUCCAGUUCUUGUCUUUUGUGAAAACAAAGCUGAUGUCGACUAUAUCCAUGAGUAUCUUCUUCUGAAGGGUGUAGAGGCUGUUGCAAUCCAUGGAGGAAAGGAUCAAGAGGAAAGAGAGAAUGCAAUCGAGUUCUUCAAGAAUGGAAAGAAGGAUGUUUUGGUGGCUACUGAUGUUGCCUCGAAAGGUCUUGAUUUCCCUGAUAUCCAGCAUGUGAUUAACUAUGAUAUGCCUGCUGAAAUAGAAAACUAUGUUCACCGGAUUGGUCGAACUGGUCGAUGUGGGAAAACUGGAAUAGCAACAACCUUCAUAAACAAGAAUCAAACGGAGACUACCCUUCUUGACCUUAAGCACUUGCUUAAGGAAGCUAAGCAAAGAAUACCGCCAGUGUUGGCUGAGCUCAAUGACCCAUUGGAAGAUGAGGAAACCAUGGCCAAGGAGAGCGGUGUUAAGGGAUGUGCAUACUGUGGUGGUCUUGGCCAUCGUGUUACCGACUGUCCAAAGCUGGAGCACCAGAAGUCCAUGGCGAUCGCGGGCUCUAGAAGAGAUUACUAUGGCGGUGGAGGCUACAGAGGAGAAAUAUGAUUGUUCUAGGAGAAAUUCGUAUGUUGCUAUUGUUUUAUGGCACCUAAGAUACAACAUUAUAAGCACAAGCUGAAGCUCCUCCGUAGCCAUCUUGAAGAAAGAUCUCCUGAUACUACCUCAUUGCAUGGUUGUUAGUGCUGCUGCUUCGUAUGCAAUAUAUUGUUGUUAGAUAGCAUUAACCACCACACGGAGAGGGGCUUGACAUCUCUCAAGGGUGUUGACAUGUUAUGUUGUAAAAUGUAACCUGGAGGCAAUAUUGAACGAGUAGCAUCUCUAUCAAAAUUUUGAGAGGGGGAGUAUUUUAAGCAGUAACCAAUGUGUUUCCGUUGUAUAAUCUUACCAUGCCUUCUGAAAUCUGAACCGUUAUUGCUAUGAAAUUACAGUUGAUGCUGCUACAACAACAGUGAGGCAGUUGGUAGAGGUGAGAUACUCUGGUGUUAGUGUGUUACUGUAUUGCAUGUCCGGUGUCCGGCCUGCAUUGCUGUUGGGAGAACUGAAUGAAGCACUCUCACUCUUAA